UGAGCUGGACAUGAUUUCCACAAGGGUAAUGGACAUCAAGCUUCGGGAAGCUGCUGAAGGCCUCGGGGAGGACGGCACAGGAAAGAAAAAAUCCAAAUUUAAAACGUUUAAGAAGUUGUUUGGGAAGAAGAAGAGAAAGGAAUCGCCCUCAUCCACGGGAAACAGCACCUGGAAGCAAAAUCAGGCCAAGAGCGAGGUCAUUCCCAUCGAGUCGGGGCCGGUGGGCUAUGACUCCGAAGAUGAGCUGGAGGAGUCCAGGGGCACUCUGGGCAACCGCGCCCUUUCACACGACAGUAUUUUCUUUCCUGAAUCGGGGCAGGACCCUGCUCGGCCCGUGCGGGUGUUUUCCCAAGAAAAUGUGUGUGACCGGAUCAAGGCCUUGCAGUUAAAGAUACAAUGUAAUGUGAAGCUGGGGCCGCCGCCUCCAGGAGGCAUUCCUACCAAGAGGGCAGAGGAAACUGGUAUGAGCUCUGAGGAUGACGGACUGCCCCGGAGCCCCCCAGAGAUGUCCCUGCUGCAUGAUGUGGGUCCAAGCCCAGCUAUAAAGAUCUUGGUGUCCUCAUCGCGGCCACAGUCUCCUGACCACACGAGUGAUGCCGCCGUCUCCUCCCGGACCUUGGAUGGCAGCCUGGCACCUGUGGCUGACUUCAGCCACCCUCCAGAAAUCUCCUCCUGCCUGGAUAACUCUGCAGCUAAACACAAGCUCCUGGUUAAGCCCCGCAACCAGAGAUCAAGUAAAAUGAGGCGCCUGUCUUCGAGGGCACAGUCUGAAUCCCUGAGUGAUCUGUCAUGGACCCUGGAGGAGGAAGAAUAUGAAGGGAAACGAUUACUCCGGGUCAAUACAGAAGACCACCCCAGUGCUGGGCAGCGGGAUUUGAUGCUGGGCAGAAGGCCUGAGUUUGGACCCUUGCUGCUCCCUGGAGGAGGGGCCUGCGCCAGGCGGGCUCGCCUACAGCACAGCAUGGCAGUCAGUGCCAGCAUGGAGGAGGGCGGUUCUCCCGGAGAUGAACCCUCAAGCCGCCGGGCUACGCCAGAGGCCACGGAGCCCAUGGCAGUCUCAGUUCCAUGCCCAGAAACCCCAUCUCUGCCAGUAGGUUCUCCGUACCAUAUUCCCCACGGCGAAAGCCGGAAGGAAGAGCCGUCCUCUGGAGGCCUGAGUCCUCUAGUCGAGAACGUAUCUGAGGAGAUGGUUUGUGGUUCUGGAGAUGCGGAAACUCCACCGUCUGAUGUCCCUGAGGGAGGCAUGGUGCCUUCCGAGGAGGACUCUACAGCACCUCCUGAGGGAGACCCAGCAUUUCCCAAAGGGGACACAGCACUUCCUGAAGGGGAGACUCAUCCUUCCAAAGAGGAUGUAACACCUCCUGAGGGAGACACAACACUCCCCAAGGGGGUCAUGGCACCUCCUGAGAGAGACAUGUCGCCUUGCAAGGGUGAUAUAGCACCUCCAGGUAGAGACAUGUCACCUUCCAUGGGAGAUGUGGCACCUCCUGAGAGAGACCUGUCACCUCCAGAGGGAGACAUGUCACCUUCCAAGGGGGAUGUGAUACCUCCCAAGAGGAUCGUGGCACCUCCAGACACAGACAUGUCACCUUCCAAGGGGGAUGGAGAUGUGGCACCUCCCAAGAGGAUCAUGGCACUUCCAGAGAGAGACACAUCACCUUCCAAGGGAGAUGUGGCACCUCCCAAGAGGAUCAUGGUACUUCCAGAGGGAGACAUGUCACCUUCCAAGGGAGAUGUGGCACCUCCCAAGAGGAUCAUGUCACCUCCAGAGGGAGACAUGUCACCUUCCAAGGGAGACGUGGCACUUCCCAAGAGGAUCAUGGCACCUUCAGACACAGACAUGUCACCUUCCAAUGGAGACAUGGCACCCCCCAAAGAGAUCAUGGAACCUCCCAAUAGGGACACAAUACUUCCAAAGGGAGAGUCACCAACUCCUGAGACUGUCGCUGACACCAACUUGGAGAUACCCUCAGAUACAGAGGGACAGGACCAAAGUGUCCAGAAGGAGGAGGAGCUGACCCUGGUGGUACCCAGGCCUGAGGGAGCAGGGACGGAGCCCUCCACAGCCCCUUCCCCGAGCCCACCGGUACCCAAGAGCUGCCUGAAGCACAAGGCGUUGGCCUCCGGUGGGUCCCCCGCAGAGUCGCCUCUGAAAGACCCCAGCCCUGGAGUCCAGGACAGAGCAGUUGUGCCCCCGGCCCGCCCCAGGCCUGCACAGGCUGCGACAUCAGGGGGUCCAGAGAAGGCAGCCGUGGGGAAGAAGAGCGAGCGGAGUACUGAGCCACAGCGCAGCGUUAAGAGGUUCUCCGUGACCUCAAGCAGAGCGCGUGCCCGGGCCAGCAGCUCUCGCCUUCCGGAACAUUCCGGCCAUGCGCCUGCAGGGGGCCGUGCACCAUUACUACGGAGUGGCCUUGCCUGGAGGAGUGAGGCAGCUCUUGAUGACCUGCAGGUGCUGCCAGAGCCCCAGGACAGAAAGACUACGGGUGGUGACCCUCAAGUCUCAGGGGAUAUGGGGGCCGGCCAGGCAGGACCAAGCAGGAGCCUCCAGGAUGCUGAUCCUUGUGUAAAGGAGCCAGCCCCUGGAGAGGACCAGAACCCCUUCCCAGUCAAGCUACGGUCCACCUCGCUCUCACUCAAGUACAGAGACGGCUCUGCCCAGGAGGCGAAAGCCAUCAAGAGGUACAGCGCCGAAGUCAGGUUGGAGAGAGGAGGUCUGACUCUGCUCCCCAAGGAUGAACAGAGCCAUGCCGGGGCUGCCCCUGCACUGCGAAGUUCCAGGUCCCCCAAUGGGCAAGGGAAAGGGAAGUCCAGGUCUCCUGAGCAGCCCAGUACCAAGCCACCCCUGCCCAGGAAGCCUCUCCUGCCGAGCCUCACCCUGCCGUACCCACCUGCAGGCCUGGAUGCCAGCCCUGGGGAAUCUGAGAGACUCAUACCGGUCAUCCUGCCUCCCGAGCCCAGGAAGGAGAAGUCGCCCCACCAGGGAGCUGAAAAGGCUCAGCCUCCUGCUGCUACAGGUCCUGGGGCUGGUGGGCAACCCACCCCACCCUGGAUCACCAUGGCCCGGCAGAAGCGACGAGGAGCCCCAGACCUGCCUGUCACCCAGGAAGACAAGUCUGGGUCACGGAUCCUGAAGACAGAAACUGGAAAGCAAACCCAGGAGCCUGUGAAGCAGGGUGACUUCGUCCGAAGCAAAUCUUUCCUGAUGACCCCUGCAAAGCCUCCUGUGACCCAGAGGCAGGGGUCAAAGCUGAGCCUCAAGGAGGGACUACAGAGAGGAAUCUCACUGUCCCACCAGAACUUGGCUCAGGCUGCAUCGAUGACAGAGAAGGAGUUGCAUCAGCUGAAGAGAGCCAGUUAUGCGAGCACAGAUCAGCCGUCCUGGAUGGAACUCGCCAGGAAGAAAUCUCAAGCUUGGAGCGACAUGCCCCAAAUCAUAAAAUAGAUUGGCAGCCUGCUGAUGAAGGAUGUCCACUGCAUUGACGGGCCACUUAGUUUUAAACUGCCAAUAAAUCAUGGCAAACAGACUGUGAAACUUCAGAUUGAUUUUUGUCAUCGAAUUAUGAUGUGCUCGGGGAAGAGAGAGGAACCAGAUGGAUCAAAGAAGACAAGAAAGCCUCAGUCCUGAGCCAGAGGGGCUGCAAGCAGGAGGAACCCCGUAAAAGCUCCUUCCUGUGCUGAGGUACCAGUGUAAGCCUUCAGCAUCCCCUUUCUAAAGAGGCCCCAAUAGCCAGCGAAUGGAAGUGAAGAGAGGUGAAUGUUGGGUGUCCUUUAAGAACAGAACUGGAACUUCUUAUGAGUCCCAGGUCUGGGCUGUCCCUUGUCAUCAGCCAGUGCCUCUGGCCACUGUCUUGCCGUGGACCAUCAUUGUCGUCGUCUUUUGUGUUUACUAAUAGGCAUGAUGUUUAUGGGGAAGCAGGGAUGUCGUUUACAAGAGCAGCUACAGAAGUCUGGUUUCCUGAAGCUAUCCACCCUUGAGCAGGGGAGGAUGGGACGUGACAGGGUUUGUCAACUCAUAGACUGUUUCCAAAAAUAAUUUUUAAACUUUUCCACUAGGCAUCUGUGUCCUGAACCAUUGCACAAUGCAUUGCCUGUUUAAUAAAAGAUUUCAAACACGCUUC